CGCUUUUCAGAUACUCGAUACUCAAAUCUGCGUUCUUCGUUUUCAGGUUUCACUUCGUGAUGAUCAUGUGACAGCGGAGUUUGAGUUCGAAUCGCACAAAAACUGUUUGAUGCAAGUUCUUCUGUUCGACCUAGAUUUUAAAUGGUGUAAGUCGGAAGAUUGAGCGGGGUUCUCACAGCCACGACGCCAUUUCCUGGCCAUCGUCGUCCUUCUUCCAACUUAGGUGAAAGCGUGCAGUUGAUGCAAUUUAAAGUCCCUAAUUGAUUAUUGAAUUCCACGUCUGCGCGAUGCGAAGCUCGUCGUUUCGAACAUUGAGGACCAUAGCUGGUUCUGCGAGAAGUCUUCUUGCUAGUUCUUCGCCAGCAGUUCCUUGUCUUGGGCAAUCAUCUCGUUGUUAUUUUGCCAAUGCGAGUCUUCAGAAACUGCAAAAAAAGGAAGCUAUUCCUUGUGAUUUCAUAAAAUGGUGUUCGCUUGGUUUCUUUCGGACUUCAAAAUUCGCUACUGGGUUCACCCCAUUGCAACCAAAGCCGUUGGAUUCGAUCAUUGAUAUGGAGAGAGCUAAAGAUCGGUCACCGGAGGACCUCGCUUCCAUCUGGGAUGAUUAUCAUUUGGGAAGGGGUCAUAUUGGGGCAUCAAUGAAGGCUAAACUAUAUCAUUUAUUGGAACAACGAGCAUCAGAUUGCCGAUACUUUGUUGUUCCUUUGUGGCGUGGAAGUGGUUAUACUACCAUGUUUAUUCAAGUACAUAUGCCGCAUAUCCUUAUCACUGGUCUUGAAGAUUACAAGGCCAGAGGAACUCAAGCAGCUCCCUACUUCACCGUGUCAUAUUAUAAAGAAUUUGCAGAGAGCAAGGAUUUGGUGCUUAUUCGGGGCGAUAUUGUGUUUACGAGCAAGCUCACCGACCAGGAGGCAGAAUGGCUUUUAGAGACCACCCAAUCCUUCUAUUUGAAUGAUGUUCGGUACAAACUGGUCGAACGGUUUAACAGACAAACACGAGAUUUCGAGUUCAAGGAUGUCUUGCAAGCACUCGAGAUGCCCAUUUUAUAAUUUCUGUGGAACUUAGCAGACAAUAAUGCCCUGUAAGAGGUAACAAGAAAUUUAUCAUCCCCCAUGGUCCGGAAUAAGCCCCAACAUCACUCAGCCUCUUCUUUUGAUUUGUUUAGAGAGAAUAUUCAAGAACUUUAUAGUUUAUUCUUCCCGGACGUUGGAUGUGAAGUUCAUAUGAUUUUGAGAAGUGCUCCCUUAUAACAGGAAGUAAACCCCGCUGUUUGUGUUUA